CAAGAGCCAAAAUCGGCAAUGUUUACCAAGGACCAUAUGCACCAGAAGCUAGGCGGACACCGUUCAACGCCGCACUUGGCACGUGGGCUCUGCGGGGCUUAUGAAUGUUGCUGACAGCAACGAUUCGAUUAUCUGCAGUUAUGGUAGCAAGAUAUCCCCUGGACGCAUGCGCCGUCCCCUCUGGUUGCACAUGCAAGUCAAGUGUGUACAUAACAUCGCCGAUUCGCUCACUAUUCGGUCGGGUUGGGAGAUGACGUUCUAAUCCAAACCGGUCUGAGUUUUGCCUUUUGCUCUGCUCUGCUCCCUUUUUAUCUCGCGCUACCACGACGUGCAGCUCGCCCCAGAUGUCUGCGAGUGCGCCCAACGACCCGGAUGUGCUGAUCAUCGGUGCUGGCUUCUCGGGUCUGGCCAUGGCCAUCCAACUAAAGAAACGCGGAAUGACCAACUUCCUCAUCGUUGAAAAGGGAGGUGAUGUCGGCGGGACGUGGCGGUCGCAUACGUACCCACCGGAGAUCCAGGCCUACCUCGUGUCCCUCGCCGGCAGAUACCAGCUGAGACCCCGGAUCCUAUUCGACACGCGGGUCGACGGGGCCGAGUGGCUGCCGGAUGAGAGACGGUAUCUUGUGAACCUAUCGCGAGGAGGGGUACUGAAGACGCGGGUCUUGAUUUGCGCGAUGGGGUUCUUCGACACUCCGCGCACGCCCAACUGUCCUGGGGUGGAAGACGACCUCUUCAAAGGGCCCAGUUUCCACUCCGCACGGUGGGAUCACAGCUUCGACUUGCGCGGCAAGCGGGUGGCGGUGAUAGGCAGUGGGCCCUCCGCAUCUCAGAUUGUUCCUGCGCUGUCGCGGCAUCCAGAAACGCAUGUCACGCAGUACGCACGCUCGAAGAACUGGUUUGUGCCCUCUAUGUCCACGCCAUACUCGGCUUGGGCUCGUUGGCUAUUUUCCGCGAUCCCACUUCUCAUGAGGAUCUCUCGGUGGUACAAUUUCCUCACAAGCGAGAUGCGCUACCUCGCGCUGUUCAAGUUUCACACCCUGAACCGCGUGUCCCAGAACGUCAAAAAGCUUCCCUUAGAUGUCGUAGCCCCAUUCAAACUCUCACAGGUCGCACGGAAGUACAUGCGGGAAGAAACGCCAGGGCGGUAUCACGAUGCGUUGAUUCCAUCUGAAACCAGCGACCCAUACCUCAGACUUGGCUGCAAGCGUAUCGUAUUCGAUUCCGGAUACCUGGCCGCGCUCGCUCGUGACAACGUCACCGUGAUCCCGGAAGCCGUCGAGCAAAUCACGGAGACCGGAAUCGUUUCCAAGUGCGGGAAGCAACGGAAAACAGUUGAGGAGUAUUAUAAGGAAAGCGGUGGCCCAAUGGCAUACAUGGGCACCUGCCUCCCCGGCUUUCCGAAUUUGUUCUUGAUCUCGGGGCCGAACACGAUCUCCGGCCAUCUUUCUGUAUGGUUCACAUCCGAGAUCCAGGCGCGAUAUAUCAGCGACCUCAUCCGUCCCAUCCUCGCAAACCGCGCGUCAAGCAUCGAGGUUGCGCAGUCAGCGACUGCUGCUUAUAACGAGAUGCUUCAGAGGAGGGCAGCUGGGACUGUAUGGGCUACAUGCCGGUCGUGGUAUACAUCCGAGGACACGGGCAAGUCGUAUGCGAUCUUCCCGGCAUCGAUGCGCCCGGACCACUACUUCCCGGAUCGCACGGAGCGGGCAGUUGCCGACCCGGUCCUCGUCUGCCGUCCGGAUGGUGUGCAACACGGACUGGGCCUGCGCAAUUUACGCGUCGUUGAGCAGCCGCGCGUCGUCGGGGCACCAGCUUUCAGUUGGCCUCGCAAGCCAGUUGUGCACCGCGGGAUCUCGCAUGAUGUGCAAGAGCGCUUCGGCGUCGGACGCGCGUGGUGGGGUGAUGAUGAAAUUGGCGUACGGGGGCGGGAGGCGGAGGUAAAGUUUGCCUGCGAUUGGAUGUGA